UUUACGUCCAAUCUGUGAAGCCCGCUGCUGUGACCUGCUGCUGUUUAGUCAACGAGAUACUGUAGGUGGUAAAACUCGUGUCGGUGAUGAUGAUAUGACCAUAUUUCCGACAUUUCGGACAUAUAUGUCUGCAGACAGACCGUGUGUAGUGUGACCUAGUGGAGGUCAUGAUGGAUUAGGUGUUAGUUCAGUGGCUUUUCUUCAGGCAGUGUGACUGACAGCAAGAACUGGGACAAGGGACUUUGUGGCUACUAACGUUAGCUAGCAUCGCAACUUAGCAAAACGCUUUGAAUCAGCCUUACCGCAGAGACAGUUGUUGUUGUCUGGCGUUGGCGUUAGCCCUCAGCUGUCGUUGGCUGCUGUUUUGCUAAUGUGUAGCUAUAGUUAUUGCCUCCCAGUGGUGGAAAAAGUAUUCAAAUCCUUUAACGAUUCUUUGAGUAGUUUGCGAUCCUUAAAAGACUCUGAAGGCAGCAUGGCUCCCAAGGACAUCAUGACCAACUCCCAUGCCAAAUCCAUCCUCAAUGCAAUGAACGCACUUCGCAAGAGCAACACGCUCUGUGAUAUCACCCUGAGGGUGGAGAACACAGAUUUCCCAGCUCACCGGAUUGUCUUGGCUGCCUGCAGUGACUACUUUUGUGCCAUGUUCACCAGCGAGCUUGCAGAGAAAGGGAAAUCUUUUGUGGACAUCCAGGGCCUCACUGCUUCAACAAUGGAGAUCCUGCUGGACUUUGUCUACACGGAGACAGUGUUAGUCACAGUGGAGAACGUGCAAGAGUUGCUUCCUGCUGCGUGCUUACUGCAGCUCAAAGGGGUGAAAAGAGCCUGUUGUGAUUUUUUAGAGAGUCAGCUCGAUCCUUCGAACUGUCUGGGUAUUCGGGACUUUGCCGAAACUCACAACUGUCUGGACCUGAUGCAGGCCGCCGAGCUUUUCUCCCAGAAACAUUUCUCUGAGGUGGUUCAACAUGAAGAGUUCAUGCUGCUCAGUCAAACAGAAGUGGAAAAGCUCAUAAAAUGUGAUGAAAUCCAGGUGGACUCUGAAGAGCCGGUGUUUGAAGCCGUGUUAAACUGGGUUAAACACAACCGAAAAGAGCGUGAGCCCUAUCUUCCAGACAUGCUUGAGUUUGUCCGCCUGCCGCUCCUGACCCCCCGCUACAUUACAGAUGUCAUUGAUGCUGAGCCCCUCAUACGGUGUAGCCUGCCAUGUCGAGACCUCGUUGAUGAAGCCAAGAAAUUCCACUUAAGACCCGAGCUGAGGAGUGAGAUGCAGGGCCCGCGCACACAGGCUAGAUUAGGUGCCAAAGAAGUGUUGUUGGUUAUAGGAGGGUUUGGCAGCCAACAGUCACCCAUAGACAUAGUUGAGAAAUACGAUCCAAAAACACAAGAAUGGAGCUUCCUCCCUAACAUUGCACGGAAAAGGCGUUACGUUGCCACAGUGUCUCUUCAUGAUCGAGUUUAUGUGAUUGGUGGAUAUGACGGUCGCUCAAGGCUCAGCUCAGUUGAAUGUCUGGACUACACCGCAGACGAGGACGGAGUUUGGUACACUGUUGCCACCAUGAAUGUUCGCCGUGGCCUUGCUGGAGCCACGACACUAGGAGAUAUGAUUUAUGUUGCUGGUGGAUUCGAUGGCAGCAGGCGUCACACCAGCAUGGAGCGAUACGACCCAAACAUCGACCAAUGGAGCAUGCUGGGAGAUAUGCAGACAGCUAGAGAGGGAGCUGGUCUGGUAGUGGCCAGUGGGCUCAUAUACUGUCUGGGUGGAUACGAUGGACUAAAUAUCCUAAAUUCAGUGGAGCGCUAUGACCCGCACACAGGCCACUGGACGAGCGUCACACCUAUGGCUACAAAGCGGUCAGGAGCUGGCGUGGCUUUACUCAAUGACCACAUCUAUGUGGUGGGAGGUUUUGAUGGAGUUUCACACCUGGACUCUGUUGAGGUCUACAACAUCAGAACAGACUACUGGACCACUGUAGCCAGUAUGACCACUCCAAGGUGUUAUGUAGGAGCGACCGUGCUCCGAGGUCGUCUAUAUGCCAUCGCUGGUUAUGAUGGGAACUCUCUCCUUAGCAGUAUCGAAUGCUACGACCCCGUGAUUGACUCUUGGGAGGUUGUUACUUCAAUGGCGACGCAGCGGUGUGACGCAGGAGUCUGCGUUCUACGAGAAAAGUGAUCUCCGCCAAGAAGAACUCGAGAGGGAGACACAGAAGGACAGGCAGCUAGACUUUGCUAAAAUGCCACAAAACAGAGCCACACAGGGGGAUGUUUGUUCGCCAGUAUGCAAACAGGUACUCUGAAAUAAAGUGCAGCAGUUUGUGCUGCCUCCAUGACACUGAGACUUGUGCAUCAGAGAUUCAGCUUCACCGCAGUAGACGUCAUCUCAAAAGAGGCCUCCAUGAAGCCCAUCGCCACAUGCAUGACUCUCUUCGGUGGUACUUGUUGCUGUCGUUACCUGUGAGAUUAUUUUUUCAGUUUGUCUUCAAAGUGCAAUAUAUUUCUACUCGUCAUGAGAAAAGGUAAAAAGAAGGAGCCGAUGUAGACUCCGGUUGCUGCUAAUCGCCUUAUGACUUUGGCCUACAUCAAACAUCGCGCUGCCACCCAUCGACUAUGGUGAUAGUUAAAGUACAUCGGCUAAUAUCCAGUGUACUCAUUGGCAUUGCGAGGUCAUUUAUGGGUCUGUUAUUCAGCCCUUUUUGUAAUUCUUCCUGUAAACUGUGCUUUUAGAUUCAAAUCACUUUAUUAUCAAAGUUUAUUACUUAUCGUUGCUCUCAGAAUCUAUAUUUAGAGAUAAAUAUCGUUUCAGAAAAUGACUGAAUUGUAACAGUUGAUUCUUCUGUCCUUCCAAACAAAAGCUGUGCAUGUGAUAUGUUUUCCUCCUCAGCUUAUGGAUUUGGACAUGUACGUGUAGGACACAAAGUCAUGACAUCACUGUUGCCUGGGAAGUGAAUAAACACAC